UCCGCUCUUCGAGAGAACGGCCGGCCAGGCUUAGGCGAGGGCAGCUAGGCCGACUGUGAAGCCGGGGGCUCGCGUAGAUGUCUUCGCCGGGGGAGGCGCGCGUCGCGCCGGCCCCGGAAGGGGAUCUGCCCCCCGAGUGGGAGACGGAUGAAGAGCGCAUGGCCUUUCUGUUCUCGGCUUUCAAACAGAGCCGGGAGGUUAACGCCACCGAAUGGGACAGCAAGAUGGGCUUUUGGAGCGAGCUGGUGUUGAAAUGCGGGCGACGGAGAGGAGGGAUCCGCACCUGCCUGCGCGAGCUCCAGCAGGCCUUCGAGCGCCGGGGAAGCGUCCCCCUGGGACUGGGCACCGUGCUCCGCGAGUUGCUCAGACGGGGCAAGCUGCAGAGAGAGUCUGACUUCAUGGCUAGUGUAGACAGUAGCUGGAUCUCCUGGGGUGUGGGAGUCUUCAUUUUGAAACCCCUGAAAUGGACCUUGUCUAGUGUAUUGGGUGACAGCAAAAUGCCGGAGGAAGAGGAAGUUCUGAUUUACGUGGAGAUUCUCAAGGAGAAGGCAGAAGAAGUCUAUAAUCUCUACCAGAAUUCCACACUUUCAUCCCACCCUGUUGUUGGUUUGUCCGAGCUGCGCUCCCUGUGCACCAGUAUCUGUCCAGAUGAGCAAACAUUUUGUCUGGUGCUGCUCCAAUUGCAGAAGGAAAAGAGGGUCACUGUCCUGGAACAGAAUGGUAAUAAGAUAAUGAAAUUUGCCCGAGGUCUUCAUGCAAAAGUCUCCCCAGUGAAUGAUGUGGACAUUGGGGUUUAUCAGUUGAUGCAAAGCGAACAGCUGUUGUCGCAGAAAGUGGAAUCUCUGGCACAGGAAGCAGAGAGAUGUAAAGAGGAGGCUCGGAGUGCCUGUAAAGCUGGGAAGAAACAACUGGCCCUGAGGUCUUUGAAGUCCAGAAAAAGAGUAGAAAGGCGCAUUGCAGAACUUCAUUCCAAGUUGGACGUGGUACAAGGCAUCCUAGAUCGCAUAUAUGCCUCCCAGACAGAUCAAAUGGUAUUUAAUGCUUAUCAGGCUGGACUAGGAGCCCUGAAGUUAUCCAUGAAAGAUGUGACUGUGGAAAAGGCAGAGAACCUAGUGGAUCAAAUUCAAGAGCUUUGUGAUACCCAGGAAGAUGUAACUCAGACUUUAGCGGGUGUGGCAGUCAAUGGCUCGGAAGCUGAUACAGAGGAACUUGAAAAAGAAUUGGACAGUCUUCUCAUGGACUCCUCAAAAGAUCUGCCAGACCUGCCUUCAGUUCCACAAAAGCCACUGUCUCCGGCUUCUGUAGUACUUCCUAGCUUCUCAGAUGCUGAGCUUGAAGCAGAACUGGAGAAGCUCACUCUUUCAGAUGGAGGAUUGGCACAAAAGACUGAUCUGAAUGCCUCUGAGCCGCAAAGAGCUCUGGAACUGCAGCUUCAAUGACUCAGUACCACCUUUGUGCUCUGAAGAUGUCUUAACUUCGGUGAUCAUAAUUCCAGAAGGAACUUGUGGAAUGUGGGUUAAUAACCACACCCUCUUGUUAGACCGCACUUUUCUAACAGACAGGAAAUUCUGCCAUGACAAUCCAGUCCCUUCAACAGAUUCUCGCUCUGUUGUCAUUUUUUCAGUGCCAAACCACAGUGUCUCUCUGGUUGAUUUGUUCACCUGUAUUGCCAGUCACUGUUGCUCUUUCUCUGGCAAGUUGACUACCUUGCUGACACUAAUGUUGUUCCACAUCCUGAAGGUUCUCUCGCUACUUCAUGGAACUCCACCUUGUGACAACUUGAAAUGCAAUAAGAUCAUACUCUGUCUGGCAUCCUGCUGUUUUGUGUAAUUGUGCAAAACAUUUAGUGGAUGCACUAGAUAAGACACUGACUUUGGUAGCAGUGAGCUGUGCUUGGCAGCAAGUAGACAUAUAUAUUAAUGGUUUUUCUAUACUUCUUAUUUGUAUUUGCACGGUUGUGGACAACUUAGAUGUCUGACAGUUUUAUUGUAGAUUUUUUUGUUGCACAAAUAGGAAGCAUCUGCCAACACAAAAUGCAGCUUAUAGAUCCCCUUUACUUCAAGACUAACAUAGCCUUAAAAGAACUUGCAAAGGUUUUCAACAUGAGGCUGUUAUUUUUGUUGUUGCUGCUUGAAGAUGAUGUUUUGAUGUUUAAAACGUGUUUGUCAGUUUAUCUGCAAGAAGAGCAACUAACGUUGCCUUCUGCUUUGGAGGGACUCUCUUAACUACAGCCAGGGGAUUUAGGGUAUGCUUUUGAAUCAGAAAUACACAGAGGGUUGGUUAGCAUCCUCUAACAUGUGCUGGGAGAACUUUUGAAAAAUGGCAGAGAUUUGGAUCUGUGUCUUGGCACCAUUAAUAAUUUAUUUGCAAAGAGUAUCACCAUUUCCUGACAUCCCAAGAAACAGAUUAAUUUUAGAUUGUGGAAGAGCUGCUGAAUCAAAUGAUAAUCUACCAGAGAUGGCUUGCAAUUGUCUUCUCUCUUUUCAGAAGACUUCUUGAGAAACACCCUCUGUGUACAUCAGGGCAGGUUUUUUUCCUUGAUGACUGAAGAAAAGCUGGCUAUCGGCUUGUGUGUUGGCACCUGCAUGGAGUAAUGCAGGGAGGGGGAGGGACAACCAAGUUGUCGCUGUUCAUAAGCUAUUGUGAGAAUAAUCACUUUAUGGCUUCUGUUCAUCAAACUCGCUUUGAUUUACGUAUGAUGGGAGGCAUUUUGUCAAGGAAGACAUCUGCUUAAAUUGGAGAAAGAGAAAAUGUAAAUUGGUGUCAGGGCAUGCCCUGCUGGUUCUCCAAAAGGCUGCUUUUUUCAAGCUGGUGCAUCAUAUACCAUGUGUUAAAACAACAUUCAAGAAUUGUGUUUAAGUUAUUUCAAUGGCAUUGUGCUUAAUUGGUUUAGAAAGGAGAGGGAGGAAAAAUGGUCCUCCCCCCUUUUUUUUACACCAAUGAUAUAAUAAAGGAGUGAAAAGA